AAAGAAGAGGUAGAUUUUGCAUCCAGACCAGAAAGUCAUCUUGUAAAUGAAAAUGAAUUUGGGAAUUUCGAACAAUCCAUAAAUGUGUAUGAAGGUAAAAGGCCCAAUGAAUGUAACAUCUGUAUGAAAACAUUUGAUCAUCUACAUGAGUUACUGACACACAUGAGUAUACAUACAGAUAAAAAACCUUAUAAAUGUGAUGUGUGUGGAAAGGCAUUCAAACACCCACAUGACAUAGAGAGACACAUGAGGACACAUACUGGUGAUAAACCUUAUAAAUGUGAUUUGUGUGGGAGGAAAACCUACCAGUUAUGUCACCUACAUGUACACAUGAGGACUCAUAUAGGUGAAAAACCUUAUAAAUGUGAUGUGUGUGGGAAGGCAUACAGCCAGUCACAAUGUUUAAAGAUACACAUGAGGACACAUGCAGGUGAUAAGCCUUAUGAAUGUGAUAUAUGUGGAAAGGCAUUCAACUGGCCUGGAAAUCUACAGAAACACAUGAGGACACAUACUGGUGAAAAACCUUAUAAAUGUGAUGUUUGCGGGAAGGCAUUUACACUGUCACAUCACCUACAGAAUCACAUAAGUAUACAUACAGGUGAUAAACCUUAUAAAUGUGAUGUGUGUGAGAAAUCAUUCAACAGAUUAAAUAACCUACAAAGGCACAUGUGGGCACAUACAGGUGAUAAACCUUAUAAAUGUGAUGCAUGUGAGAAAGCAUUCAAAAGAUUAAAUAACUUGCAGAGGCACAUGAGGACACAUACAGGUGAUAAACCUUAUAAAUGUGAUGCAUUUGGCAAAGCAUUCAACAGAUUGAAUAACUUACAAGCACACAUGAGGACACAUACAGGUGAUAAACCUUAUAAAUGUGAUGUGUGUGGGAAAUCAUUCAACAGAUUAAAUACCAUACAAGCACACAUGAGGACACAUACAGGUGAUAAACCUUAUGUAUGUGAUGUGUGUGGGAAUGCAUUCUCCCUCUCAGAAAACUUACAGAGGCACAUGAGGACACAUACCGGUGAAAAACCUUAUAAUUGUGAUGUGUGUGGGAGAGCAUACCCUCAUUCUUAUACUCUACAGAAACACAUGAGGACACAUACCGGUGAAAAACCUUAUUUAUGUGAUUUGUGUGGGAAAGCAUUCAACCUCUUACAAACCUUACAGAGGCACAUUAGUUUACAUACAGGUGAUACACCUUUUCAGUGUGAUGUUUGUGGAAAGGCAUUUAAACUGUCACAUCACCUACAGGAGCACAUUAGAAUACAUACAGGUGAUAAGCCUUAUAGAUGUGAUGUGUGUGGGAAGGAAUUCAGUCGGUCACCAGACUUAAAGAGACACAUGAGGACACAUACAGAUGAUAAACCUUAUAAAUGUGAUUUCUGUUGGAAAGCAUUCAACAGAUUAAAAAGCUUACGGGCACACAUAAGGGAACAUACAGGUGAUAAAAUUUAUAAAUGUGAUGUGUGUUGUAAAGCAUUCAACCAGUCAAGUAUCUUAAAGAAACACAUUAGGACACAUAUAGGUGAUAAAUCUUAUAAAUGUAAUGUAUGUGGGGAGGCAUUCGCGGAUUGUAAUACCUUACAGUCACACAUGAGGACACAUACCAGUGAAAAAUCGUAUAUAUGUGAUGUGUGUGGAACGGCCUUCUGCCAGUCACAUCAUUACACAUACUGGUGAAAAACCUUAUAAAUGUGGCUAAUUCAAGAUUAAAGGGACGUACUUUGAAUAAAUGCUAAAUUUCUGGAUGUGGUUUGAAUAAAUGUCAGUUUGACAUAUGAAAGAGAAUCUCUGACAUAUAUAUAUGAAAAAGGGAGUAUGGAUAAAUGUGACAUAAAUGAAAAGGUCUUGAUAAAUAUAUCAUAUGAAAGAAAGGGUCUUUUGAUAAAUAUGUCAUAUGAAAGAGGGAAUUUGGAUAAUAAUGACAUAUAAAAGAGGGACUUUUAUUAAUGAUGGCAUAUGAAA